CCUAUCUAGAACACUUCAGGGGAACUUCAUGGUAAGAUAUUAUUCUCGCACCACAAAAACUGUCAACAGAACCUUGUCGAGUUGUUGCCAGCAGCGUUACAAUCAGAAAAUACAUUCGCGAAAUGAAAAGGCCAUAUUUAUUGGCUCGCCCUAUAGACGCAACAAAAUACUCAAGGUCGUCGAUCAAUUAUCAUUUCCCGGAAUAAUCGGCCGAAUGAAACUAUGGUAUUCAGUUUUGGGAAGAGUAUUUUGCAGUAAAAAAUCAUUAUAAUCUUAACAGCCGGUGACGAUGGGCAAAAAAUAUGGGGACGAACACACAUAAAGAAAAAGAGGAACUUUUAGUCCUUGUUAUAAGGAAAGGAAUUUGCAAGAGCGUAGACACUAUGUGUCGUGCAGGGGGCCUUCCAUUCAAAGCUAGAACGUUUUCAAACUCGAUUCGACUAUAUCGAAAAUAUUUUGGCAAAGCAACGUACUAUGUUAGCUUUUUACUUUGUUCGUUAUUGAAAAAAAAUAGGUAUUCGUACAAUUAGCACGAUUGCAAUCCUCGUGCAUGCUUAUACAUAUGCAUUUAAAUUUGCAAGCCUCGCGAUAUUUUUUCUACGACGGGAUUAAAUUUAAUCGGCUCUACAACAAGCCAAUGAAAUUUUAUACUAAUAAAUCGGAAUAAUUAAACUGUCUAUAUAGUAUUUCAUUUUUUGACUGUUAAUUGCAUGGACUGAUUAUGUUUGUGUUUUGUCUAUAUUUGACUUUCGACACCACUGAGGAUUUGGCCAGACAUGGUAAUAAAUUUUUCGAAUGAAGAUUCAUCUAAACUUAUGUUUAUAUUUAACCUACGAUUGUUAAAGCAAUACAUGUUUUAAUUUUGUUUGUUUAACUGCAUCAAACAAAAAUUGUAAAUUAUUUGUGCUUCUCGUUUCACUAAUCUGAUAAGAGUCAGAUAAGUAAAAAUAUCUCUAAAAUGAAGGUUCAAAUGACAAUUUUAAGCAAGAAGAAAAUUAGAUAAACCAUAAACCUAACCACCAAAAGCCUAGUCAAAAGACUGAUAAUACAGGAACUUAUAAACCGCCUAUGAAAAAAAUUUGAGACGAUCCAUUCAAUUCGCGCAUGCGGGAGAUUUUAAAUCUCGUUUUUAACCAAUGGCUUUGCGGUAUUCAAUAAGCAACAUGGCCGCUGAGAGAUCAUCAAUAAGUGUGGAUGUGGAACUUUUACUGUCGUGUUUUCUCCCCUUAAUGUUCAGUCAAAGGUCAAUCACUUAAGAAAAUGGCAUAAAGCGCAGGUUAGAGGGUGAAAGGUAGAGGCGGAAAACCUUCUUCUCUACGAAAAUAUCAAUGCCGCCUGAGGCGCAUCAAUUUUUACUGUAGUGGGGUACUAUAUGAUCUAAUAGCUACAUGCUUCAAGACAUUCGCCAUUGUUUUUCACCUCCUGUUUAUUUUGUCUGUAAUCUUUUGUAGAAGUUCACUUUUUAAUACUCAUAUUUAGUCAUAUCUCCACUGAUUACAUCAAUAGUACCUUAUCUAUUUAACCUAUGAUUUUUCGAGUAUUAGUUUUAAAUGAAUCAAGCAAAAAUUCUAGAAGUUAUAAAUUUAUGAUUUUUUUCUUUAAUUAUUUUGGAUGAUUGAUCGUAACGCAGAGUCAAGUAAAUAAAAAUAUCUAGUAAAAAAAGCUUCAAAUCAAAGUUUCCCAAGAGACGAAAAAUUAGGACAAACCAUUAACCUAACCACAAAAAACUUAGGCACAAAUUUCGUUUAGUCGAAAUCAGUUAUAUAAAAAAUAUAUUCUUGUCUUUUGGAAGUCUUUGCAAACAUGUAUAAAUAAAAAAUUUGGUAUAAUUGAAAUCUGUUACGUUAAAAAUAACCAGCCACUAAUUGCGAACAAACGUAUGACGUUUUACUGUAACUGAUUUGAACUAUUCUAAAAUCCCCAAAACGUAAAAUCCCCAAAACGAAAAUAAAACGCGUUUGCCCUUCUAUGUUCAAAUAGUCUUCUUCUCUAAAAGACUAAAGUACAUCCCUAUUUAUGUAAAAAACUUCCAGUCCAUGGAGUUCCUCAGAAAAAAUGCGCGGUUCAAGCGGCAAGACACUUCCCUCUUUUUUUGUUUUUACUUGUUUGAGUCUUUUACUAAAAGUUAUACAGAAAUUGCGUUUAUAACCACUCAAAGCGUUUAAUUUCAGUCAAAAACAAUAUGGCUAACUAAUUGAGCUACUAUUUAGUAUUACAGGAAAACGAUAUUCGCACUUAACCCGCGAACAGACCAUAACAAAUCACUCCAGAUAAAAUUCCGUAAAAAAAUUACACCAAACGUGUCGCUUUUGUGCCGAUUUACGCCUGCUCGCAUGCGAUAUCGAUUAACAAUAACCGCCAUCAGUAAGUAGUGCGCCAGUGCCAGUGCCGAGUCAUUGGCGGCGGGUCUAUUAUUAUCCCAGAACGUGGCAAUGGCCACGAGGUCGAUGUUACGGACGCACAACAGACACUUGGAUACGCUUCUGAGCAAACCGAACCAAAAUGCGUCUCAGCAGCAAACGAAGAAAAGCGACAAAGUGUCGUUCGACAACAUCGACGUAAAAGUGAAAUUCAAGGAGUGCAACGACAACAAAUCGACAUGGACCGGGGCGUGGAAGAAGUUCAAGACUUUGGCCCCGUUCCUCUGGCCGAAGAAGGACGUCUGCUUACAAAUCAGGGUGCUGUUCUGCUUUUGCUUAUUGGGACUGGGUCGCGUGGUCAACCUCAACGUCCCCAUCUACAACAAGUACGUAGUGGACUCUUUGACGCCGGAAGCAGGCAAAGAGCUAGAGUUUCGUUGGGAUUGGAUUUUGAUUUAUGCCGGUCUGAAGUUCUUGCAAGGCAGCGGCGCGGCCGGGGGGUUACUUAACAACCUGAGAUCGUUCCUGUGGGUGCGGGUGCAACAGUACACAACCAGGGAGGUUGAGGUUCAGUUAUUCAAGCACCUUCACAGUCUUUCGCUGAGAUGGCACUUGAACAGGAAAACGGGCGAGGUGCUGCGGGUCAUGGACAGAGGCACCGACAGCAUCAAUAAUUUACUAAACAUGUUGCUCUUCCAAAUAGUACCCACCAUAGCUGAUUUACUAAUCGCGAUAGUUUACUUCUGCACCAUGUUCAAUUACUGGUUCGGUAUCAUAGUCGCCGUUACGAUCAUUUCGUAUAUGGGGAUGACCAUGGCCAUAACGGAGUGGAGAUCAAAGUACCGUCGUCGUAUGAAUCAGGCGGAUAAUGAGACCAGGGCGAGGAGCGUCGACUCGCUUCUUAAUUUCGAGACCGUGAAGUACUACAACGCGGAGCAGUACGAGGUGGACUCUUUCAAGGAAGCAGUGCUCAAGUACCAGAAAGAAGAGUGGAAACAUAACUUUACGUUAAAUCUGAUGAACUCCGUGCAGAACUUGCUGCUCUGCGUUGGGUUUCUGGCUGGUAGCUUGCUGUCGGCUUACAUGGUCGCCGUGAGGCACGAGUUAAAAGUGGGAGACUAUGUCCUGUUCGCUUCUUACAUCGCACAACUUUAUAUGCCACUUAAUAUGUUCGGCAUGCAGUAUAGGCAGAUUCAAAACAAUUUCGUCGACAUGGAGAACAUGUUCGACCUACUGCGUCAGGAGCGAGAGGUGGUAGACGCGCCGGGGGCGGGUCCGGUAGCCAUCAAAGAUGGCGGCGUCGAAUUCAAAAACGUCAGUUUCCACUACCUUCCCGAGAAAACGAUACUGAAGAACGUUAGUUUCCGGGUACCACCCGGAAAGACGGUAGCACUGGUCGGUCCUUCCGGAAGCGGCAAGAGCACAAUAAUAAAACUGAUCUUUCGCUUUUACGACGUCGAAUCCGGUUCCAUUACGGUAGACGGACAAGACAUUAAAUCGGUAACUCAGGAUUCGUUGCGAAACGCUAUCGGGGUCGUACCGCAGGACACCGUACUUUUUAACAACACCAUUCGGUACAACAUUAAAUAUGGCCGACUGACUGCGACCGACGCGGACGUGAUAGAGGCGGCCAAAGGGGCGGAUAUACACAACCGAAUCCUAAACUUCCCUCAGCAAUACGAGACGCAGGUCGGCGAGAGGGGUUUGAGGCUGAGCGGAGGGGAAAAACAAAGAGUGGCCAUCGCCCGCACGCUCCUCAAAGCGCCGGCCAUUAUACUUCUGGAUGAGGCCACGAGCGCUUUGGAUACCCACACCGAGAGGAAUAUACAGGAAGCCCUGGACAAAAUGUGCAGCAAUAGAACGACGGUGAUAGUAGCGCAUAGACUGUCGACGAUCAUUCAUGCCGAUGAGAUAUUGGUGGUACGAGAGGGAGAGAUCGUGGAAAGAGGACGGCACAACGAUUUAAUCGCCCAAGACGGGAUCUACGCCAUCAUGUGGAGGCAACAAUUGGAGAGCAACAAAGAGAAAAACGACUCCACGUACCAGGAACCGGAAUACCAGAAAACAAAACCCGAAUAAAUAAAGAAACUUAUUACAUUUCGAAUUUAUUU